CGGCCGGAGGGGCCGGGGGGGGGAGCUAUGACGUCAGCUUCCACCAAGGUGGGCGAGAUCUUCUCGGCCGCCGGCGCCGCCUUCUCCAAGCUGGGGGAGCUGACGAUGCAGCUGCACCCCGUGGCCGACUCCUCGCCGGCCGGGGCCAAGUGGACGGAGACGGAGCUGGAGCUGCUGGGCGCGGCGGUGCAGCGCUUCUGCGAGGACCUGCAGCGCAUCAGCGCCCUCAUCAAGGACCGCACGGUGGCGCAGCUCAAGGCGACGGCCAAGCGCAAGGCCUACGAGGACAGCGGGGUGGCCCUGCCCCCCGACUGCUCCCCCAAGAAGGGGGGGCGCAAGGGCCCCGGCGGCCCCCCCGCCCCGGGGGGGGCCCUGCCCGACCCCCCCGGCAAGAAGCAGAAGGUCUCGG